CAAGAGAAGGGACACCAGCUCUAUAUAAACUGUUCAAACAACAAGAUAACAUUCAACACAAUCCAUAAUUCUUAAUUAUUACAACUUAUUUUUUUUGCACAUACAAGAAUGGGGUUGAAGCAUUUUUUUACCCUCAUUUGCAUACUCAAUCUCCAUCUCGUACACACAUUUGCAAAUGAUAGCACCAACACAAGCACCUUAGAGACAUACAUAAUCCAUGUCGAUGUAAACCUCGGGUUUUUCGCUCGAUUCAAAAAUUUGGAAAGCUGGUACACCUCAUUCUUGCCAACAUCAAUCUCAAACGGCCAAAGAAGAAUCGUCUACUCCUACCGCAACGUGUUCAAAGGCUUCGCCGCAAGAUUAUCGGCUGACGAAGUCAAAGCCAUGGAGAGCAACCCGGGCUUCAUCUCGGCCGAGCCAGAAAGGAAAUUGGACAUGCACACAACACAUUCCCCAAACUUCUUGGGCUUGAACCAAAACAUGGGCUUUUGGCAAGGCUCAAACUAUGGUAAGGGUGUUAUCAUAGGGGUCUUGGACUCGGGGAUUUUUCCGAGCCACCCCUCGUUCAGCGACGAGGGGAUGCCGCCCCCUCCCGCCAAGUGGAAGGGGAAGUGCGAGUUCAAUCCAACCGUGUGCAAUAACAAGAUUAUCGGCGCUAGGUACUUAAACUUUUUUGACGGUAGCCCAUUGGACGACGGCGGCCACGGGACCCACACGGCGAGCACCGCCGCUGGAAGCUUUGUGGCGAGCGCUAACGUGUUCGGCAACGCCAACGGCACGGCCUCCGGCAUCGCCCCUUUGGCCCACCUAGCCAUCUACAAAGUGUGUUCAUCCAUUUGUUUAGAAAGCAACAUACUUGCCGCGAUGGAUGCUGCUAUCGAAGAUGGAGUGGAUAUACUUUCCCUCUCUCUCGGAGGGCCUUCACGCGAUUUUUACCUAGAUAGCAUUGCAUUAGGCGCAUUUAGCGCCAUGAAGAAGGGCAUAUUAGUCAGUUGUUCAGCGGGGAACAGUGGCCCGUUCAACUUCUCAAUGGAGAACGAAGCUCCGUGGAUUCUUACAGUCGGCGCUAGUACUAUCGACAGAAAGAUAAGGGCGACAGCCUUGCUCGGAAACAACAUAAGUGUUGAUGGUGAAACGCUUUUUCAACCGUCGGAUUUUCCAUCGACGUUAUUUCCUCUCGUUUAUGCCGGAUCCCUCAACACUAGCGAUCCACAUAUUCAAUAUUGUACUCGUGCAUCGUUGAACAAAACCGAUCUCCGGGGGAUGAUAGUGGUUUGCGAAAUGGGCUUGGGGGAUGGAGUUUCAAAAGGAGUAGAGGUGAAGAAUGCCGGUGGGGCCGCCAUGAUUCUGGUGAAUCAUUGGCUUUACGCAAACAUGACCUUAUCGUACGCCCACGUUCUUCCAACCACACACGUAGGUUACGUCGAUGGACUAAAGAUCAAGACCUACAUAAACUCAACAACCACACCAAUGGCAGCAAUAUUGUUCAAGGGUACUAUAAUCGGCGAUGAUCGGGCUCCCGUAGUUGCGGCCUUUUCUUCCAGGGGGCCCAACAUUGCAAGCCCCGGCAUCCUAAAACCCGACAUUAUAGGUCCUGGAGUUAACAUUCUUGCAGCUUGGCCAGUCUCAAUCGAGAACAACACCAACACGAACGCCACAUUCAAUAUCAUCUCCGGCACCUCAAUGUCGUGCCCGCAUCUGAGUGGCGUAGCGGCGUUGCUCAAAAGCGCGCACCCUGAUUGGUCGCCCGCGGCUAUAAAAUCCGCAAUCAUGACCACGGCCGACGUUGUGAACCUAGCCCAAAAUCCGAUCGAGGACGAGAGGUUCGUUCCAGCGGCCCUAUUUGCCACAGGCUCGGGCCAUGUGAACCCAUCUCGGGCCAACGAUCCGGGCCUCAUUUACGACCUCAAAUCAGAAGAUUACUUCCCUUACCUAUGCGGAUUGAACUACACGAACCUACAGGUCAGCAUUAUUAUGCAAAAGAAAGUGGAUUGCUCGGUGGAAGCGAGAAUAUCAGAGGCGCAGCUCAACUACCCGUCGUUUGCCAUCACUUUCGGCCCCUUGCAGCCGAUUACUCAGACGUACACGAGGACCGUCACGAAUGUCGGCGAGCCUGUUUCGUCUUACGUUGUCGAGAUUGUCCCGCCGCCUGGGAUUGGUGUUGUCGUCGAGCCCACUAGCCUCGACUUCACCGAGGCGAACCCGAUAUUGCAGUAUCAAGUGACAUUCACCAGACUGGGCUCGACCACCAACAAUGCAGGUUACAUUCAAGGUUACCUGAAAUGGAAUUCCGGCGCCAAGUACUCCGUUAGGACUCCGAUUGCCGUUAUAUUGCGAUGAUUAUG